AUGACUUUCUUAUCAACAUUUGAAGAAGAUAUUCAGAAUCAUGAAAAUAUUAGUUUUAAUGGAAAUAUUGUUAUUCCUCCUCAUGACACUCAUUUAACUAAUUUAAAAUAUCCAUGUUUUAAUGAAAGUCAUAAAUAUUAUCUUAGAACAAAUCCAUCUAAAAGAAAAAUUAAAUACAUUGAAGUCUCAUUAAAAUCUCAUGGUUAUGAAUUAUUAAAAAUAAGUAUUAAAGUUAUUAAAGACAUUAAAAUAUUGAGAAAAUGUUUAAUAGGAAAUAGUCAUUUAGUUAAAGAUGUUGAUAGAACUGAAUAUUUAAAUAUUAUAUCUGAUCUUUCUGAUGUUAUAGAAAUAUUUUCUAAUAUUAAUGUUUAUAUCACAGCAAAUGAUAACCACAUAUUAUCAAAAUCAUUAAAUUAUUGUCUCAAAAUAUUUUUAAAAUCAGAAGAUAUGUGGAUGAAAUACCCUUUGAUGGAAUUCUUAUCUACAUAUGUUAUUAUCAUGAUCGAUGAAAGUAAUGAUACAGUUUUAGAAAACAUGAGAAUUAUUUCAAAAUUAUUGAAUAAAUAG